AUGGAAGACACCAACCAGACAAAUGUCAGCUACUUCAUCCUUUUGGGAUUCUUUACCAAUGGAGAUCUUCAGAUUCUCUUCUUUGUCCUCUUCCUCUGUGCUUAUCUGAUGAUCAUGAUGGAGAAUAUCAUAAUCCUUAUAGUUAUUUGGGUCAAUAAUAACCUUCACAAGCCCAUGUACCUUUUCUUAUGUAACCUUUCUUUUCUUGAAAUCUGGUAUAUUACUACUAUUGUCCCAAAAAUGUUAGAAGAUUUCCUAUCACAAGAAAAACACAUCUCUUUCCAUGGCUGCCUAACACAACUGUAUUUCUUUGUCAGUUUUAUGUGCAGUGAAUUUGUUCUUCUGGCUGUUAUGUCAUAUGAUCGUUAUUUGGCUAUAUGCUAUCCACUUCAUUACCCAGUCCUCAUGAACAAUAUAUUAUGUGCUUGGCUUUCAGCAGGAUGCUGGGUAUGUGGUUUUGUCACCUCCAUGAUCAAACUGAGCUUUAUUGGCCAAUUGAAAUACUGUAGCACUUAUAAGAUCAAUCACUAUUUUUGUGACAUUUCACCCCUCUUGAAUGUUUCUUGCACCGAUUCUUCCAUAGCUGAACUGGUAGACUUCAUCUUGGCUCUAAUGGUUAUCAUGGUUCCCCUCUGUAUGGUUGUUACAUCAUACAUCUAUAUCAUUUCAACAGUUCUGAAGAUUCCUUCAGUUCAGGGAAGAAAGAAGGCUUUUUCUACAUGCAGUUCUCACCUUACAGUUGUUAUACUCUUUUACUCCACCACACUCUUCACCUAUGCACGGCCCAAAGCUAUGUAUGCCUACAACUCCAACAAACUUGUGUCAGUGCUCUACACUGUGAUAGUUCCUCUUUUGAACCCUCUAAUAUAUUGCCUCAGAAAUAAAGAGAUAAAUUGUGCCUUGAGGAAGACAUUUUGUCGUUAA